AUGGCCUCCGAACAUAACCCCUUCCGCAGGAAGACCACCUCGACUUCCUUCUCUUCUACCCCUCAGCCUGUCACAACAUCUGCCUUUCUCGAAUCCAUCACAUCCGGAAUCUCGAGGGAUAACGCUCCCUCGCCUCCCGAAGUUCGACCUGCGAAAGCCAAGGUUGUCAAAAGGGUAAGGGUGUUGUCUCCGCCGCCCUCCUCGCCUUCCUCCCCCGAAUCGGUGCACAGUAGAGGCUUUGGUCGUCAAGACGACAGUAGCGACGACGGCUCAGACGACGAUGACGACCAAUUCUCAAAGAGGUUUCCCGAGCUUCCCGACGGCCUUCCUGAGGCUGCGCCGCUGCGCAUCGCCAACGCCGUCCCCAACCACACGCCUGAAAACCCCUUUGGUAAGACGUUGCAGGAUCUGGAAGGCCUGACGGACGGAAAGGCCUCGUCUGGCGGGGCAGCCAAAUCCCUCGACGUCAAUGCGUUCAAGAUGCUGCUGCUUACCGGCCAACCUGGAGCUGGAAUACCGGCUCAAAAGGCACAAUCCCAAGGCGACAGGGCUGCAGAGGCCGCAAAUGCGUCCGGAUCAGAUACGUCUUUCGCGGAGACGCCCCGGUCAUCAACGGACAUCGCGGACCGCGGUAUCAUCCUUGCUUCACCUCCGACAAAGAGAAAGCCCCCUCCGCCAAGUUCCAGGCAUGGAAGGAAGAUUAGCGUUCAGACGCCAGAACGACCUCACAUCUCAUCUGAGACGGCAUCGCCGAUCUCUCCGUCCGAUGUGAACAAGCCCCUCCCUCCCGCUCCCAGCUCGUAUGGUGGGGAGGGGACGGAAGAUGUCUUUGCCCGAGAGGCCGCGGGCAAGAUCCCCGAUCAGGAUUCCCCCACUCCCAGUUCGACACCCACCCCGGCCACGUCGGUGUCGGCGAAAAAGCCAACGCCAGCACCCCCACCACGACGGGGCCACGCGCGGAGCCAAUCCCUCACGGCGUCCGCCGGGGCCAAUGUCCCGAGCAAGGCGGGCAAUGAGGCCGAUACGCCGCCUCGGUCUUCGUUGGAAUCGCAGCGCUCGCGGUCGGAGAGUUUCCGGAGUAUCAAUGCCCCUGCGCCACCCCCGCCACCUCGGCGACCGAAUGCAUCACAUCGCCAGUCGUUCCAAGCUUCACCGUCAGCGGCUUCGUUCAGCCCUGUACCGUCCGACCUUGAGAACACUGCGUCGGGCAACACUCCCCCAAAGAUCUCUCCGCCGCCACCACCUCCCGCGCGGAAUACUUCGACACGCCGUCCUCCAAGCGUGAGAAGUUUUGACGCAACGAGCAGGAAGGUGAGCGGCGGAAAAGAGGGAGCUCCUCCGCCGCCUCCACCUCGACAACGAGGGAGCAGUCGCGGAAGCAUGGAUUAUGUAAGAAGGCCAAGCGUUGAUAGUACGAGAGGAUUUAGCACGAACGUGCCAGAAGAGCCAAGGACAGAGGACCUGGCACAGGAUUAUGAGGCCAAUUUUGGCAAAGGUGCAGACAUUCUUGCCGAUUUGGACGCGCUGCAGCGUGAGGUAGACGCUUUGAGGGCGCAACAGGCGAAGUAG